AUGGGGUUUGGAAAGUUUCAAAUUCUUGUGCUUGCUUAUGCUGGCAUGGGUUGGAUCUCAGAAGCAAUGGAGAUGAUGCUACUCUCAUUUGUUGGACCAGCGGUUCAGUCUGCUUGGGGUCUUUCUUCUCAACAAGAAAGUUUCAUAACCAGCGUGGUUUUUGCUGGAAUGCUAGUUGGAGCGUAUUCAUGGGGCAUAGUUCUGAUAAACACGGACUCUGAACCUUUAUGGGAUCCUGUCUAUUAUGUUGGGGCCAAAAAGGUGGCUACUAAUAUCAUGAAAGGUUUCCUCAUUACAGCCACAAUUACUUCCGGAGCUGGUUUUCUGAGUGCUCUUUCGCCUAAUUAUACGUCCUUGAUCCUUCUUCGUUGUUUGGUCGGUGUUGGUUUGGGAGGUGGCCCUGUACUAUCAUCCUGGUUUCUGGAGUUCAUUCCUGCUCCUAACCGAGGCACCUGGAUGGUUAUUUUUUCAGCUUUUUGGACUCUUGGAACAAUUCUCGAGGCUUCACUUGCAUGGUUUGUCAUGCCAACGCUGGGCUGGAGGUGGCUACUUGGACUGUCUUCACUCCCUUCAUCGCUUCUUCUUGUAUUCUAUUGGGUAGCACCUGAAUCACCCAGGUAUUUAUGCUUAAAAGGGAGAACAACUGAGGCAAUCAAUAUUUUGGAGAGAGUAGCAAGACUGAAUGGAACAAAACUCCCUUCUGGAAAUCUUGUUUCUGAUUUAAAAAUCGAGUUAUCUGAAAAGAGUACUCUAUCAGAAGAUGCACGUUUGAUCUCACCAGCAGAAAAUGAAGAUACGUCACCUAAGGAGAUGGAUUCUUCUGAUAUGGGAGGCAUCUCUUCACUGUCAAUGCUUCUUUCCCCAAAAUUAGUCAGAUCUACCUUGCUCUUAUGGGUGGUAUUCUUUGGGAAUGCUUUUUCAUAUUAUGGCCUGGUGCUUCUGACCACUGAGUUGACCAAUGGACAUAGUAAAUGUACGCCAGAUAAAUUAGAGUCAGACAAAUUGCAGGAUGCUGGCUAUAGAGAUGUUUUCAUCGCUAGUUUUGCAGAGUUACCUGGGCUCCUCAUAUCUGCUGCCACGGUUGAUAGACUGGGUCUAAUUCAACAGUCUCAGGGCUUGACCACUAGCCUUCUUUUUGGAGCUCGCAUAUGCAUCACAGCGACCUUCACAAUAGUCUAUAUAUAUGCCCCAGAGAUAUACCCAACCUCAGUCCGAACAACUGGUGUCGGAGUUGCAAGUGCAAUGGGAAGAAUUGGUGGAAUGAUAUGUCCUCUUGUGGCAGUAGGUUUGGUACAUGGAUGCCAUCAGACAGCAUCCAUUCUGCUCUUUGAGAUUGUAAUUUUUCUUUCCGGGGUAUGCGUUUUGCUCUUCCCAUUUGAAACCAAGGGACGUGAAUUGAGCGAUACUGUAUCAUCUAACUCAAACAAUCAAGGCCAGUAA